AUGCUUAAAAUAAUUCUAGAAACAAGAGGCGCUCAUAGGAUAAAAUUGGGUGUGAUUGUAUUCUCAGUGAUAACAAUUAGUCUGGCUAUCGUGUUUUUAGUGAACAUGAUCACACCUUAUGGAAGAUUGACAAAAUCUUCCCCAGCAAGCACUUUUGUGGAAUUAAUCUUUUGCUUCUUCGUCUAAAUGUGCUUGAUAUUUAGAUUAAAUGAUAUUAUGUAUCAGAAGAAGCAAGCCUCGUAUAAACUUGGGCUGGAAAUAAUGACAGCAGCAAUAGCAGUACUUUCAUUUAUAGAUUUUAUUUGUUGGUUCAUUAAUCCUGUUCCAGAUAUUCUCGCUGCAUUUAUUUGCUUAUUUACAUUCAUAAUCGCAGGCUUUCAAUCUACUUUAUGGAUCCUUUAGAGAAUUUAGAGCAGCAACAGUGAAUAAGAGUUUGAUACUAAUUUGACUCAAUAAAUAUCGUAAAAUGGAGACACUACUCCUAAAACUUCAAAAUGUAUGAUCGCCCUUGAGUACAGUCUGUUCUCUUUUUUUUUAUUAUUGGUCAUCUUAAAUACCUGCUAAAUUAUACAUGAAGCAAAUCAUCCAGGAAGUUUAGGAGAAGGUGAAGAAUAUUACACUGUUAAAAGUUAAGGCUAAGAUGUAAUGAUUAGAACCUAUUGUACUGGGGCUAAGAAUUUACCAUAGAUUAUUCUAGAGGCUGGUGGAGGUUCUAGUGGAGUAGAUUUUUAUGAAAUUUAAACUCAGCUUUCAGCAAGUUACAGAGUUUGUAGCUAUGAUAGAGCUGGAUAUGGAAUGAGUUGGCAAGCAGCCGCACCUUAGAGUUCUGAAAACACUAUGAUUAUUGCUGAAUAAGUGAUGGAUAAGGUUGGAUUUAACACUUCAGUACCUAAUUCAAUAGUUUGUAUUGGUCAUUCUGUGGGAGGUUAGCUCUGUCGAUAUUAUGCAUAAUACAUGUUAAGCAUCCAAGGGAUUAUAUUAUUGGAUUCAGUGCCAGUAAUGAAUUGGUUUUACUUGGUAGGAUAAUGUUAGAAUUAAACUGUAAGUUAAGUUUAUGCUUAAUAAUAAUAAACCUUGCCUCUGAUUAAGGCUAUGGCUUCUUUGUGGCCAUUAUAUAUAGAGACACCAUUUUUCUUGUCUAGCGGAGGAUUUCAACCGUCAAAUCUUUAAGGCUGGGUAAAUUGGUAAAUCACUACCACGAGAAAUUGGUAUUCAUAAUCUCUUGGUUACGCAUCUGAACUUGAGGAGUGUUAAGAAUAAUGCAUGGAGUCAUCAAUCAUAAAUCCAUCGUCAAUAAUUAAUAAGCCAAUUAUUGUUAUUACUGCUUCAAAUUAAUAUAUAACUUGUGCAGAUAGGAAUCUAACAGGAACUGAUUGUCAAAACUAUUAUUGUUCUCAGAAUGCUUCACUUGAAUUGGCUGUUAAUUAGUCACUCCUAGGUAAUCAAGUAAGCACCUAUGUGGAAUGUCCAGGUAUUUGUAACCACGAUUUUGUGUGGAAAUAACCAGAUUUUAUCGUUUAAUAAAUUGAAUAUUAUAUUCCAUAAUUUUGA